CCAAGUCGAACUAUUGGUUAAGAAAUAUAAAGGAAUUUUGAAUAGAAAUCGGGUUAGGGUUUUCAGUCUUAGUAAUUUGGGAAAAUUGGGGCUAAUGUAAUUCUAGGUCGUCUCUCUCUCUCCUCCCUGCUCUCACCUUCCCCACCUAAAGUCUGAUUUGCUAACAUCCGACUGGGUUUUGAGUAAAAGGGUUCAAGCUACGGCAUUCCCCAGCUCGGCGUCAUGUCUUCAACCUUGGAAAUUGAGGCCAGAGAGUGUGUAUCAUAUGUUAUGCUUGCAGUGUGAUCAAGAUUGUACUUCAGUUCUGCAAAGAGAACUCGCUGCAUCAAACUUUCCAAACACUGCAAAACGAGUGCCAGGUUUCUCUAAAUACUGUAGACAGCCUUGAAACGUUUGUUGCUGAUAUUAAUAGUGGAAGGUGGGAUGCAAUUUUACCUCAACUCGCGCAACUCAAGCUUCCUCGAAAGAAAUUAGAAGACCUGUAUGAGCAGAUUGUUUUGGAAAUGAUUGAACUUCGGGAGAUUGACACAGCACGCGCUAUAUUAAGACAAACCCAGGUGAUGGGUGUCAUGAAACAGGAGCAACCAGAGCGGUAUUUAAGACUUGAGCAUCUACUCGUUCGGACGUACUUUGACCCGAAUGAGGUGUAUCAAGACUCAACAAAAGAAAGGAGACGUGCUCAAAUUGCGCAAGCUGUUGCAGCUGAAGUUUCGGUGGUUCCACCUUCACGAUUAAUGGCUUUGAUCGGUCAAGCUCUGAAGUGGCAGCAGCAUCAAGGUUUAUUACCACCUGGAACACAAUUCGAUUUGUUCAGAGGAACGGCAGCCAUGAAACAAGACGUAGAAGAUAUGUACCCAACAAAUCUUGGACACACUAUAAAGUUUGGGAAGAAUAGUCAUCCUGAAUGUGCUCGGUUUUCUCCAGAUGGGCAAUUCCUUGUUUCUUGUUCAGUUGAUGGAUUUGUCGAGGUGUGGGAUCAUAUAAGUGGAAAAUUAAAGAAGGAUCUGCAAUACCAGGCUGAUGAAACAUUUAUGAUGCAUGAUGAGGCUGUCCUCUGUGUUGACUUUAGUCGAGACUCUGAGAUGCUUGCUUCUGGAUCACAAGAUGGGAAAAUAAAGGCUACAGUUGUGUUCUUCUUUGAUGGCCCUGAAAAUAUCAUUUGUGGUUUUGACUUGCAAGUUUGGCGUAUUCGAACGGGUCAGUGUCUGCGGCGUCUCGAACGUGCUCAUUCUGAAGGUGUCACUAGUGUCAGCUUCUCUCGAGAUGGGACCCAAUUGUUAAGUACAUCAUUUGACAGCACUGCAAGAAUUCAUGGCUUGAAGUCAGGUAAGAUGCUGAAGGAAUUUCGUGGCCAUUCAUCUUAUGUUAAUGAUGCCAUAUUUACUGCUGAUGGCGCACGUGUCAUAACUGCAUCUAGUGAUUGCACGGUUAAAGUUUGGGAUUUGAAGACCACAGAUUGUGUGCAAACGAUCAAACCUCCACCUCCUUUGAGGGGAGGUGAUGCAUCUGUUAAUUCUGUUCAUCUUUUCCCUAAAAAUGCCGAUCAUAUAGUCGUUUGCAACAAGACUUCGUCUAUAUACAUAAUGACCCUCCAAGGGCAGGUUGUGAAAAGUUUCUCAUCCGGUAAGAGAGAAGGUGGAGAUUUUAUGGCAGCUUGUGUUUCGCCGAAAGGGGAAUGGAUUUACUGCGUUGGUGAGGACAGAAAUUUGUACUGCUUUAGUUAUCAGUCUGGCAAGCUUGAGCAUCUAAUGAAGGUACACGAGAAGGAUGUGAUUGGACUCGCUCACCAUCCCCAUAUAAACCUCGUCACCACUUAUGGCGAAGACUGCACAAUGAAAUUAUGGAAGCCUUAAAAGCUCUAAAUUUAAUACUGCAAUUUUUCUUUCUUAUAACUACAAUGAGCAGCAUUUCUUGUAGAUCUUAAGAAUAUUGUAUCUUUUUAAGCAUAAGAAACAAAAUGAUAUUGCUCUUUUCAUUUAUACAUCGUUUGCCAGAUAGUGUUGUUUAAUGAAACAAGUUGCUCGUGAAUUUUAUCCUACUUUGCUCUUUAAGACUUGCGCUCGUUUAGUUAACGAGCUAAGCUUGGCUCAACUCAUUAAGGCCUAAGAAUAAAGUUUUUUCUGUG